AAAUUAAAAUAAAAUCGAGUGAAGCAAUUAAUUGUGAAUGGCAUAGUUGUAAUAUUCUGAACAACCUGUCUCAGCGCAAUUAUCAGCCCUUCAUUUGCAUAUAUAUACAAAAUUCAAGCAACCAUUUCUUCCACUUGUAUUAGCUGUUCAACCUUUUCUCUCUCAUCCUUCCUUCCCCAAACCAGAAGAAUCUAGAGAGAGAGAAGUAUACAUUCCGCAGAUUCGGAGUAAUUGAGAAGACGAGCUUCCGUUUCUAAUGGCAGGCACUUGGAAAUUACUGCUGGCGCUCUGCUUAAUCGCGUCUGCCAUACUCCCCCACGCCACGGCCGGCGGCGACGCGGCGGCGAUGGGGUGGGUGAUGCCUGCGGUGAGAUCGGGCUGCAGGGGAACCGUGGCGGAGUGUAUGGCCGACGAGGAGGAGUUCGAGCUGGAUUCGGAGUCCAACAGGCGCAUCCUAGCCACGCGCCGCUACAUCAGCUACGGCGCGCUGCAGAGGAACAGCGUGCCGUGCUCGCGCCGCGGCGCGUCGUACUACAACUGCCGCCCCGGCGCUCAGGCCAAUCCCUACAGGCGCGGCUGCAGCGCCAUCACUCGUUGCCGGAGCUGAACGGAUUCCGCAUCUCUGCUGCUCUAAUAUUCUUUUCUAUUUUUAUUUAUUUUCUUCCUUGGGAAAUACUAUAAAUUUUACUUUUCCAUUUCUUCCUUUUCUUUUCAUUUUUUUUUCUUCUUUCUUUUUGGGGAGGGGGUGUUUGGUAUACCGGGAAUUAAUAAUUGAAUAUACACUGUUGUGUUGUUAUGUUGUGCUCCGCAUAUAUACAGUUUUUCUUGAGAUUCUUUUA